AUGCUUUGCAGCUACUGUCAAGAAAUCUUCACAGGGGAACGCAAUCUGAAGCUGGACGGGUCGUUGAGGUACCACCUUUACUGGGUUACUGAUCUGAUGCAGGGCGUACGGCGAAGAUGCUUCAUAUGUUCUGCUCUUAAGCGAGCCGUUCUCGCGAAUGGCAAACUCAACAAACUCGAAGGAAUCGAAGGACUCGAAGCAACUGGAGGGGUAGAUGGUUUCAUAUCUAAAUACAGCAUGAGACAAGGAACGGGAGACACAAUUGGACUCACGUUCCGGCUCAUCACCCAUCACGCCGUCCGUAUUCAACUUAUCACUGAACGUCACAUGCUUAUCCGUCCGCGGAAUGCAAAGACCAAAGAAACAGUCUCAAUCGAUCUGGAUAAAUCCACAUCGUCCCCAGGCAGUCUCGACAUGGCCACCAAAUGGUACAAACAAUGUCGUGCGAGCCACAGCACUUGCGGAGCCAUCUCACCUCAGCUGGGGUUCGUCCCUUCCCGCCUGAUUGACGUCGGCCAUAGUCAUAAUUCUCGAUGGCGUAUUCUUACUUGCGAUGAUCUCUCCAUGCGCAAGCCGCACGAUAUCGAAUACAUGACUCUCAGUCAUUGCUGGGGAGGGUCAUCCUUUCUCACGCUAACAUCUACGAACCUCGAAAGACUGAGACAAGAAAUGCCAGUAAGCGUGCUCCCAAAAACCUUCCAACAAGCGCUCUAUGUGACAAGACGGCUGGGCUGUCAACUGCUGUGGAUCGAUUCGCUCUGCAUUAUGCAAGACUCCUGGCAAGACUGGCGCCAAGAGUCGUGUAAGAUGUCAGGCAUCUAUUCGAAUGCGGUCUGCAACAUUGCGGCUACUGGAUCAUCAAAUCCUUAUGGGGGUCUCUUUCAGAGUCGAGAUGUUGUUGUCAACACACCCUGCAUUGUUCAGACAAAUUUGAAAGAUGAUGUAAAUCAUUUAGUCGUCAUCACAGAUUGUAGCUUGGACGUCGACCAAGUCAUGCAUGCGCCGUUAAACCAGAGAGGUUGGGUGCUCCAAGAAUGUCUGUUAUCACGACGAUUAUUGCAAUUUGCAAAUGAGCAAAUCUUCUGGCGAUGUCAGCAGCUCGAUGCGUGCGAAGCUCAGCCCCAUGGCGUGAUCUAUGACCCAGCAGUCAAUAUCAUCAGUCAUUAUGGAGUAGAUGAACUUUCUCUUCGUCGCUAUGUGAGCCAGGUCCAGGCUGGGACUACUCCAAGUGGGCCCAUUCGUGAUGAUGAUCAUGCUGAUGCGCCAAGUUUCUACAACCUCUGGCAGUAUGUGAUAAGAGAUUACUCUUGCCUCUCGCUCACACAAACCACCGACAAACUUGUAGCUUUAUCCGGGGUGGUGGACAUAUUGCAGCAAGCAUCUGACGACCAGUACCUAGCGGGCCUGUGGAGGUCACACCUUCCGGCAGCACUGCUUUGGCAUCGCAGGCUUGGUAGUAGACUUCGACCAUUUUAUGCGCAUUUCGACAAGCGGCGAUCGGCGCGAGCACCAUCUUGGUCGUGGGCUUCUCUGGAUGGAUCCAUAAUUUUGCCGUGGCGCACAGAGAAUCAGGAUCCGAGUGGCGCCUACAAGCCACUUGCCACACUCAUCGCUGCUACGGUGUGGGAAGAUCCUGCUGCAGUUAAUCAGUAUCGCGUGAAGGGCCUCGUCAAGCUGAAGGCAUUCUUGAUGCAAGCCACAUUCCGCAAAACCGUCGACCUUCUUGAUUACGGGAAAUUGGAGUCAGAUGCGCUCGAUAAUUCAAUCGUCGCCAUGGAGGACACGCCGCUUGAAGCGUCGAACAUAUCGCUGUUCUGCGCUGUUAUAUGCUCUCGGCUCGUCAAGAACCCACAAACCCACGGCUCCUCGCCACGCACCAUGUAUACCUCGUACGAGAUCCACACCCGCACCAACAUCCCCGCCUUCAAGCUGCAUCAAUCCGUCGUUCGGCGCCGCUACUCCGACUUUGAGUAUUUCCGCGACAUCCUCGAACGCGAGAGCGCGAGGGUCACGAUCCCGCCGCUGCCGGGGAAGGUGUUUACGAAUCGCUUCAGCGAUGACGUGAUCGAGCAUCGCAGGGAAGGCUUGCAGAGGUUUCUGUAUAUCGUUGCCACUCAUCCCUUGCUGCAGACGGGGAGUAAGGUGUUGGGAAGUUUUAUACAGGGUGAGCUUUACUCUUCCUUUUCUUAUAGUGGGCUUCAGGGGGAAAAAAGGGGAGACGCAUAG